AUGGAGCUGCUGCGCCCGCAUUACAACCACCCGCUGCGCCUCGCGACGCGCGAAGCCCGCGCACUCGAGCAAUGGCUGGGCGCGCUCGAGACGGCCAUCUUUGAGGUCGGGCGCACGCCGUCGUCGUCCAUGCAGAGCGCCGGCCGCGACGUCGCGACCCACGCGCUGCCGUCCGAAGCGCGCACGCCCGUUGUCAUCCGCAGCGCCACGAUCCCACCGCCGGCCGCGUCGUUGCAUGCACUUGCACGUGGCGACGAUUCUGUGGAUGCGCUCGAGGCCGACCUCCUCGACGACCGAUUGUCCAGCUGCAACAACAACAACAACAACCACAACGAUCCUCGUCGCAGCGAGCACAAGCUGCGGUCGAGCAGCGCGGCCAAGGACCACGAGCUCGAGUCGUACGACGGCAGCAGCGAUGCCAACGGGACCAACCAAAGCGACAACGACGACGACGACAACAACAACCAUGACGACAACGACGACGAGACCGGCUACACGCCCGAGAUGCAAAGCCCGGAGGCGGUCGAAGACGUCCGGACCAUCACGUCGCCGCCCGCACCGACCGUCAUGCACGACCGCGUCUUCAAGCCCAAAGGCAACGUGGCCCGCGUCGCGCCAGGGCUCACGCGCAACGGGUACUUAAGCCGCGCCAACGUGCACUCGUUCAGCGCCAGCGGCCAGCUCUUCACGCUAGACCUCAAGUACUCGCUUAUCAAGCCCAUUGGCACGGGUGCGUACGGCGCGGUCAUUGCUGCCAAGAACCACAUGGAUGGAUCAAGCGUCGCGAUCAAGAAGAUUGCCAGCAUCUUUGACGACCUCGUCGACGCCAAGCGGAUUCUGCGCGAGACGCGGCUUCUGGGGCACUUUUCGCACAAGAAUAUCACCAAGUUGCUCGACGUCCCGGCGCCGCCGUCCCGCGAUGCGUUUGAAGACAUGUACAUCAUUGCCGAGCUCAUGGAGACCGACUUGCACCAAGUGAUUUACUCGAUGCAGCCCAUGUCGGACGACCACAUCAAGUACUUUUUGUACCAGAUCCUCUGCGCCUUGCACCACAUCCACUCGGCGGGUGUCAUUCAUCGCGACAUGAAGCCGUCCAACAUCCUCCUCAACUCCAACUGCGACCUCAAGAUUUGUGAUUUUGGCUUGGCCCGGGGCGGGUUUCCAGAAAACGCCGAGCUCACCGAGUAUGUGGUCACGCGCUGGUACCGCGCACCCGAGAUCAUGCUCAACUGCCUCAACUACACCGAGUCGGUCGACAUGUGGGCCGUCGGGUGCAUUCUGGCGGAAAUGAUGCAACGCGAGCCGCUCUUUCCAGGCAACGACUACAUCCACCAGCUCAAGCUCAUCAUCAAGUUUAUGGGCACGCCCAAGCAAGAAGAAAUUGAGUUUGUCAAGAACGCCAAGGCGCUCCGCUUCUUGACCAAGCUGCCCAUCUACAAGGCGACCAAGCUCGACGACGCAUUUCCAAGCGCCAACCCCGAGGCGGUCGACCUUCUCAAGCAAAUGCUGGUCUUCAACCCGGAGAAGCGCAUCUCGGUGCUUGACGCGCUGCAACAUCCGUAUUUGCAAGCCUUUUACGACCCCGCCGACAUUCACGCGUCGCCGCCCUUUGAUUUUGAGUUUGACAUUCCGGACGACAAGCUGACGAAAGACGCGCUUGUGGACCUGCUCUUGGAAGACGUGGCCGUGUUCCACCCUGAGGUCGCCCACUGGACAAGGCCGGCGCCACCCGUCGCCGAAGCGUGA